UUUUAUUAAAUUAAUUUUCAAUUUUUAAAUUACACUUCGUUAUAACCCCAAAUACUCAAGCACAAAUGAAAUAGAUUUAAAAAUUAGAAUCUAUUAUUCGAAAUUAAUAUUGUCUAAACAUUAAUAGAUGACAAAAUUGAUAGAUAGUAUUAAUUGAUAAGUAUUUCAAUUUUCUACGUUCAUAUAAUUAUUUCUAAUAAAAAAUAAACAUUUCAAAAUUUUAAUCAAUAAGAGUAGUUACUAGAGAAGAUUUCUUACAAAAUACUCCAAGCAAUAUGUCGGAUAAAGCGAUGCUCGUUUUAGGAGAAGCUCCUGAAUCUGAUGAUGAAGAGUUUCAACACAUUGAGAAUUCAAAAAGUGUAAUAGUCGAAAAUGAUCACACAGAGUUUGAUGCCGAUUCUAAUUACCGGACUAAUAAUUCAAAAAAUAAAAAAAGGCAAGUGGAAAGAGAAAGUUUAGCUGGCCGCUCUGACAAUUUCAAAAUGUCUGAAGAUACUUUACUGCAUAAAAAAUUAAAAGAAAAAAAUAUGCAGUUUUAUUCAAAUCUGACGACAUUUAACAAGCAAAUGUAUUUAAAUGGUAUAAAUCGAAUGAACGAAACGAACCAACAAUUAGUCAAAGCUCAGGUAUUACUCCAAGAUACUGUGACUAACUGGAAGUAUACUGAACAAAAUUUGUCACACAUUAGACGGAAGCUGGCUGAUAUAUUGGCUGAAGAGUAUAUUCCUAAAAUUAAUAUUUAAUGCAUUUUUUUAUAUAAAAGAACUUGUUAGUUGUUAUCAUAAUUCAUAAAUGGAAUGUAAUAAUUGUUACCCUAUAUUUCUAAAUAGAAAAAAAUUGUAUUAUAUUAUAUUUUUACACUUUAAACAAUGAUUAAAAUAAUUAUAUUUUGAGUA